AAGUACUCUAUGGUAGAGCCGGACUUCGUUGCUAAUGGCAGAAGAUUUGUUUACUUCCGGGCUCGAGGCAGCUCGCGGGUCCAUCUACCAGCUCGGCGCCGCCCCCCGCCCCCCUCCUGCCCGUCAUGGGGGAGGCUGAGGAGCAGGUGCCUGAAUCAGGUGCUAUAUUCACCUUUGGAAAAAGCAAAUUUGCAGAAAAUGUGCCUAGUAAAUUUUGGUUUAAAAAUGACAAGCCUUUACACAUAUCAUGUGGAGAUGAACAUACAUCUGUUGUAACAGAAAAUGGUAAACUAUAUAUGUUUGGAAGCAACAACUGGGGGCAACUAGGAUUUGGAACAAAGAAUACUGUCAACAAGCCAACUUGUGUGAAAGUUCUAAAACCUGAAAAAGUGAAACUGGCUGGUUGUGGAAGAAAUCACACUUUGAUCUACACAGAAAAAGGGAACCUGUAUGCUGCUGGAGGUAACAGUGAAGGACAACUGGGACUAGGAGAUACAGAAGAAAGAAGUACAUUUCAUCUGAUUAGUUAUUUUACCAGUCAGCACAAGAUCAAACAGCUGGCAGCUGGAUCCUACACAUCAGCAGCAUUAACUGAGGAUGGACAACUUUUUAUGUGGGGAGACAACUCUGAAGGCCAAAUAGGCUUGGGUAAUGAAGCUAAUGUAUGUGUUCCUCAUCAAGUGGACGUUGGGAAACCAGUUUUCUGGAUCUCUUGUGGGUAUUACCACUCUGCCUUAAUAACAUGUGAUGGAGAACUUUAUACUUUUGGGGAGUCUGAAAAUGGGAAACUAGGUUUGUCACUUGAACAGCUGAAAAACAAUAAAAUCCCACAGCUUGUUUCUGGAAUUUCAAGUAGAGUUAAUAAGGUUGUCUGUGGAGGAGGACAUACAGUAGCACUUGCAGGGGGAGAGGUCUAUACCUUUGGCCUAGGCCAAUAUGGGCAACUUGGACUUGGCACAUUUAUCUUUGAAACUUCUGAACCAAAGAUGGUGGAUCAUCUGGGAAAGCAUAAGAUCUAUAACAUUGCAAGUGGGGAAAAUCAUACAGCUUUAAUAACAGAGAACGGUCUUAUGUAUACAUUUGGAGAUGGUCGGCAUGGCAAAUUAGGACUUGGGGAAGAAAAUUACACUAAUCAAUUUGUACCUACAUUAUGUUCCAAUUUUUUGAGGUUUACUGUACAAUUGGUUGCUUGUGGUGGCUGUCAUAUGCUGGUUUUUGCCACCCCAAGGUCUAAAAAAUCAAACAUCAUUCAUGUGCUAGAAGAAAAUGAACACAACUUACCUGCUAAAACCUCUGAAAUGGGUGGAGAUGCAGAUCAGCAUACAUUUUCAGCACGUUUGCGACGGAGGGAGAAGGAAAAAUCACCAGAACAAUUUAGUCGAUUGGUGCGAACACUUCCUCCUUUGGGGAAAAGUUCCCUAAAGCUUGCAUCAAGGGUCAUCAGCAGUACUAUUCCUCUUGGUGGAGCAACCUAUCCUGAUAGAAAUAAAGAAUCUGAAUCCAUUUUGGACCGUGAAACAGGAGGUAAGAAAGAGGAGAACAGUGAUACAGAGGACAGCUCAAGUGAGAAUGGUUCAGAUGAAAAUGAGGGAAGAACCCUUGGUGAUACUACAGAUGUCUUAAAUAUGACCCAUGUGAUGAGACUAAAUCCCAAUGACCAAUCGGUAGAAUUAGCACCAGUUCAAAAACAAAAGAAGAAAAUUAAAAAUGUGAAACUGAACAUUGAUGGUAAGGGUGGGUUGAAAGAGUCUGAUCAUAUCCAGUUUCAGGAGGGCAAAGCAUCUUCUCACUUGGAGUCUUUGGCUUCUGAAUGUUUUGAAAAGGAUGUCUCUACCAAAAAAAGUUGCUAUGAUGCUUUUGUGCAGAAAAUUAAGGCUCGUAAAAAGUAUUCAAAAAAUAAAUCUGAACAACUUUCUGUUACUGAAUUGAAAUUUGACACUCAACAAACUGUAAAAGAAGAAUUUAAAGUGACAAAAAAGAAAAAUAUUGAUAAAAUAAAUUCUGGACCAACUCAGCAUGUAGUGUUAUUUAGCCAUGCUAGUAAUGAUCAGCUGGAAAAACGAUAUGAAGAUUAUCAGAAAAAUAAAAUAGAAGCUAAACCUGAUCAAUAUAUGCAAGGUAAAAACAACAGUGAAAAACAAAAACAGUAUAAUCACAAAGAAAGAAUUACAGAACAAACGGUAAGAAAGCCAUCUUCUUCAAGUCAGGAAACUAUGAAUAAGUCAGCAACGUAUGUUUUCAAGAUAAACCAAUUUAAUUCUGAAAACAUGACAACUAGAGAAACAAAUGGAGAAGGCAGAAACAAUAAAUGGAAAAGGAAUCAAGUUGAUUAUAAAGAAAAGAGAAAUUUAAAUGUUAACAAUAUGCAAAAUGAAAAACAAAAUAUGGGUGAUACAUCAGAGAAAGAUACCCAGGAACAAGAAGAGAAUCCAGAAAACGAGCAAGACAAUGAAGAAUAUGAAAUAAGUGUGGAAGAGGCUGAAGGGGGCAAUGGAACACAAGAAAAAGAAAGUGACAGUGAGGAAAAAUCUGAAGAACAGGAAGUUGAAAAUGAAGCUAGUAAAGGCAAAGUGGAUUCCAUGAUAGGCACCAACAACGAUGAAGAAGAAAGUGAAAAUGAUGAAUUACAACCUGAAACAGAAAAUGAGCGUAAUCUGGAGGAAGAAGAAGAGAACUUUCAGAUAAGAAGCAAGAAAGAUGACAUGGAUAAUAAACUGCAAGAGAUAGAGGGAAGAGAUGUAUAUGAGCCUGAAGAGGGGGAAAAAACUAAAAUCAUGGGGAAAAGGAAAAUUAACAUAAAACUGAAAGAAAAGGAAUAUGAGAAGAAUGACCAGAUGAAGAAUAAAAUGAAAAAAAUUGGGAAGGAAAAAGAUGAUGAAGAAAUGGGAGAUGGAAGAGGAAACAGAAAAGAGGGAGAGGAAGAAGAGGAAGAAGAGGAAGAGGAAGAGGAAGAAAACGAGGAAGAAAAUUAUGAAGAAUGUGAAGAUGGUGAGGAAAGUGGCGAUGCUAUGGUGAUAGAGGAGGAGGAGGGCACAGAGGAAGAGGAACUUGAAGAACAGGAUCAGGAAGAGACUGAAAGAGAGGAGGAAGGACAAGAGGAGCAAGAGGGAGAAAUUGAAACAGAAGUCGAAGAAGAAAGUGUGGGAGAUGAAGAGGAGGAAGAAGAUGAGGUAGAGGGAGACAGUGAAGAAGAAGAGAUAGAAGAUGAGCCAGAAUUUGAUGAAGGGGAAGAAGAACAAAGUGAGAGGGAGGAGGAGGAGCAGGAGGAGGAGCAGGAGGACAAAAUAGUUGAGCAUGAAGAGGAAGAAAAAGGCGAAAGCUCCAAAGAUCAAAAACAUAAAGAAAAUAACAAAAGGAGAAAGCAAAAUACAAACAACAAAAUAAAAAACUUUAAGCAAAAAGUAACAUUGAAACGAGCAGUGAAUGGAUUGCGACAUACACAAGAGUUUUGGAACAAUGUUUUACCGCAUUAUUUGACACUAAAGUAACCCUGAAGAUUAGAAAUAAUUUUUAUAUGAAGAUCUUUUUCAGGAAGCUAUGGUAUAAUGCCUAUACAGGUAGUCCCCAGGUUAAGAACAAGUUCCAUUCCCAAGAUCUGUCCUUAAGUUGAAUUUGUAUGUAAGCCGGAACAGUAUUAUUGUAUAAGACUGUAUAAGUAGUAUUGCGUAAUGAAUUUGAACCAUUGUAUAAAAAACUUGAUUUUUGCUACAAUAGGCUCCAUUCUUAAUUAUGGAUCGUCGUUAACCUGGGGCGUUCUUAAUCUGGGGACUACCUGUGUAUAAUACCUGCAUGAAUGUAUAUGUGUGUGUCUCUG